AUGCGUGUAUAUCCUCCCCCAUUGAUCACGGCAGCCAGCCUCGCUCCUUCUCUUCCGCCCAUCCUCCUCGUCUUCCACCGCAUCCCGCAAGCUGCGGCGUGCGCGUGGGCGGCGCCGUUCGCGCUGGGCGCCGUGGUGGGCGCGGUGGCGUGCUCGCUGCUGCUGCUGCCCCUCGCACUCGCGCCGCUGGACGCGCAGGGCGGGGACGAGGGGCUCCUGCUGCAAUCACACGCGGACACGUGGCAGGAGGGGCAAGGGGCGUGGCAGGGGGGAGCGGCAGCACCGUGGGACCAGCGUGUGGUGCGUCACCCACAUGCCUCUGCUGCGAGCAGCGCUCUGCCCUUGGCGCCCCUCGCUGCUGCCGUUGACUCCGGCAGUGCACGCGCCAGUGGUGGUGCGGCGGGUGAGAGCGAUGGUGACACGGACGCAGGAGAGGCACGGGCGGGUGAAGCGGGCAUGCGUGAUGUGCAAGGCAGGCACCCAGCAGUGCGCGCGCUGGUGGAGGCGAACGGGCAGGUGAUGCGGCAGCAGCAGCAGGCGGUGGCGGUGGCGGAGGAGGAUGAGAGGGGCAUGCACGCCGUGCUCUCAACCGCCCUGCAGGAGCUAGAGAGGGAGCGCCUCAUGCCACAUGGCACCGUGUCAUUGGUGCAGCCGGAGUCCCUGGCAGCGCUGGCAGAGGCAGUGCGGGCGAGGCAGGAGGAGGCGCAGAGGGCAGGCGCGGAGGGGCAGGCAGCAGGCAACGCAGCAGACGCAGUGCAGGCAGCAGAGCAGGCGGUGCUUGGUGCAGUGGCAGCGGGGGGAGAGCAGACGGCUGACUUCUCGUCCCUGGUCAGCGCGGCACAGGCGGCUGGGCACGUGGGGCGCAUGGGGCAUGGUGCAGCGGGGGCGAGCGCUGGAGAGGGGCAGGGGGAGGACGCAGCGGAGGGGGAGAUAUGGGGCGGUGGGAGGGAGGGGGUGAGGCGGUGCAUGGUGCUGCAGUGUGCAGUGGAGAGACAGCAGCUGGCAGUCGCUGCAGCACGCCUCCAGGCCGCCUCUGCCAGCCUGGCGGCGGCCCAGUCAGCUUUGGACUCAUCUGAGCGGCAGCUGUGGCUGCGGUGUGGCGUGCAGGCGGGGGGCAUGGCGUGGGAGGAGCGGCACGACGGCGAGCUGCAGCGGUACAGAGCGGUGGCGGGGGCAGCGUUUGACAAGUGGUGUGUGGCGUGGGAGGAGGCCCGCCCCUCUCACCGCCUCACGGCUGCCCUCACUGCCCCGCCUCACCUCUGGUGGCACGGCGGGUCGUGGGAUGGCGAGCAAGGAGCAGAUCUCCUUUCUGCUGCUGGCAGAUCCAGGAGCAGCACAGCCCGCAUCAGCGGGGGCAGCAGUGGCGCCCCAGCAGGUGGUGCAGCGCCUUCAUGCCUGCGCCUCCACACUGCCCCGCAUGCACCAGCAGCAGCAGCAGCAGCAGCAACAUCACCGCCCAACCCCACCCCUGAUGCUGAAACUUCCCCUUCCGCUCCUCGCAUGGGUGCUCCCCUGGCGGAGCUGCUGCUGCUGCUCUCACCCGUCAGCACCCACGCAGGGCAGCAGGUCGACGGGCAGGGCGAGGGGCAGCCAAGCGACGAGCAAUGGGGCGAGGGGCAGCAGGCAGGUGGGGUGGAGGCGUGGCAAGCGGCGGGUCGCAGCAUUGACCCGCAGCACAUGCUCGUACUGCCGCUCGUGGCGCCGCAUGCUCAUGGUGCUGCCGUGGCGGUGAGCGGCGCAGAGGGUGGUGGCGGCGAGGCGGCGGAGGGCGAUGGUGCGCGUGCAGCGGGGAUGGUGCCGAUGGCGGAGUGGGAGGGAUUCGACCUGCUCGCACGCGCUGCCACUGGCCGCCUGCUGCUCCUGCUGACGUGGCGAGACCUGCCAGCUGUGAUGCAUGGGGCGGGUGAGGAGGGGUGCAAGUGGCUGGAGCAGCUGACUGCAGGGAUGACAGAGGAUGGGCGCAUGGGGGUGGUGGGUGUGCGGACAAGCAGAGUGGAGAGGGGCGUGGGGAGGGCAGAGGAGGAGGGGGAGAGCAGGCAAGGAGAAUGGGAGGGGGAGGUGGGUGGUGGAGCAGUGCUGGCAGCAAUGGCGCAGUGGGGUGCGGUGGGCAAGGAGGGUAAGGACGGGGCUGGUCUGAGUGGGAGUGGUGACGCAGGCAAGGGGGCGGCAGGGGGCAGAUUGGAGGCAGGGAGGCGCCUCACUGGCUACGUGGACGGCACUCCCCUGCUUGUGCGCCGCCACGCCCUCAUGACACUUGGCGGCCUGGGAUUGGCUCCCGGAGCACCAGCUGCAGGCCCGGCAGCAGCAGUGGCGGGUUGGGCUCUGUGCACGCGCAUGUGGCUGGCUGGCUUCAAGGUUUCUCGUAUCACAUCGCACGCCUUGCAACCUUUUGCCACGAGCCCAAGCGAUCCUCGAUUGUUAUUGGGCCAUGCUUUUCAUAUAAGUCAACUCACGCAGGCGGCCUUAUAUGCACAGUUCUAUAAUGACUUUACUGCUUCUACUACUGCCGCUGUCGCUAUGGCUAGUCCUCCUGUUCUAGCUUUCGACGCCGAGGGCCGUCCGGUCAAAUUCGAAACCUGGCUAGAUGACCUGCACCUUUUCCUACAGCUCACUGCCAAGGAAGAUAUUACACUGUACGACCACGCUCUCGGCCAUGCGACCGCCCCACUCGCUACUGCCCCCCCAGCUGAGCGCUCACAGUGGCAGACCCGUGACGCGCACGCUCGCUUUGCUAUUCGCAACUCCCUGCCGCUAGAUGAGCGCGAGCACUUCGGCCAGUGCAAGACUGCUAAGGACCUCUACACAGCUGUAGUGGCCCGCUACUCCUCACCCGCUUCUGCCACGCUAGGCCGCCUCACUCUCCCCUACCUGUUCCCCGACCUAGCCUCCUUUCACACUGUCGCAGACCUCAUCACCCACCUUAAGACUAGUGAGGCUCGCUUUCGCGCUGCCAUGCCUGACGAGUUCCUCGCUAGCAACCCCCCCCCGCUCUGGAUCACUCUCUACCACGUUGUCACCCGCCUCCCUGACUCUCUGCGCCCUGCACCUCUCGUGGCGACCCCCGCGGCCCCUUCUUUGAGGGGUGCUCCCCUUCCCCCCUCCUCCCCUCUGUCGCCUCUGCUGCUGCUGUCGACCUCCUUGGUGCUGAGAAGGUCGGGGCUGCGUCUGCUUCAGGCGGACGACGCAGGGGCAGGAGUGGCAGGAGUGGGGGUGGUGGCGGAGGAGGCGGGGGUGGAGGUGGUGGCGGUGGAGGUGCGACUGGAGAGGCUAGUGGCGGCAGUGGUGGAGGUGACAGCGGCGUUGGGAGUGGUGACAGGGGCGGAGGUGGCAGCGGAGGCGGAGGUGGUCGUGGCAGCGGCAGGGGUGGAGGUGGCCGCAGCGGAGGCGGAGGGGGUGGUGGUCGUGGAGGCCCGGGGGGCGUACGUUAUUCGUACAGGUGACCGCACUGGCCAGACGUGUGGGGGGCCGCACCAGACGGAGCGCUGCUUCGCCCGCCUCAACGAUGCGUGGCGCACCCAGUUUCCUGGUGGGGUGGAGAGGGUGCUCAGUACUUGCGUGUUCCGCCCGACCCGGGCAUUCAGGCCAGCCCCGCUGCUGCUCUAG